CGCUGCACGUCGUCGAGCAAAAGCUUCUCCUCUUCGCUCACGACAGACUUCGAGUGCACAUCACUCAAGCGCAGAUCCAGACUGCUGGAGAGAGGGUGGAUGGUUCCAGUGAGGCUGCACUGCUGAUAGUGAACACUGCAAGCCACAGGCACUCGCAAUGAGCGCAGGAAAGGUGGGCCAUGCUCGAGGCCACCGACAGGAAUGGGGUUUCUAUGGUGGGUCGAAAGAGACACUCGAUGCAAAGGCAGACGUCUCUUCGCUCCAAGACAGACACCCUUUCUCCAUACUUUCUCCUAUCUUCAUAUCCUCUACGUCCCCCUUGGAGGCAAAGCAGAUACUGCCACCUAGGUGACUCGCUCCCUCCGCUACUUUCUCGUCAGCAUCACAAUGAGACCUGCUCAAAGCGCUCUGCGCCUCACAGUGUCUGCUCUGCUGCUAGUCCUUCUUUCGGGACUCCAGACGACGGACGCCGCAUCGACCUCAAGCAACAUUCUCUCAGCACGACGUGCGGCUACAACAUCCUGCUCGACCAAGAAGCCCUGCCCUGCUGACUCGCUCAAGUACUGCGAUACCAGCUCGAAGACUUGUGUGAAGCAAGUAGCCGACGGAAAAGCCUGCACAAGCGACGCUGCAUGCCUUCAAGGAGUCUGUCAGUCCAAUGGCGUUUGCCAGUCGACCAGUCUGGCCAAUGGGAAGAAGUGUACGGCCGUUACACAAUGUACUUCUGGCAACUGCAAACUGACGCUUGCGAAUCCUAUCUGCGCUGCCAAGGUUGCCAACGGCUUCACUUGUGCUGCAGACUACAAUUGCAGCAGCGGCAAAUGCAAUCUGACGACCAAGCUCUGUCAGGCCAUUGCUACGACGUCAUCUAAGUCCGUCAAGACUACCAGCUCGAGCAGCACGAAGAAGACUUCUGCCUCUUCUUCGACCUCUUCGACCAAGGCCAGCUCAAGCACUACGAGCAAGACGUCCUCUACCGCCACGACGAAGACUACCUCUACAACUUCGAGCACUUCGACCCCUCAGAUCUCUUCGUCUUCCACCACAAGUGAAGAUGCAACCACUUCUUCGACAACGACAACAGAGCAGUCCACACCGACUAUCCCUAGCGUGACAUAUGCGGCAGCGGGUCCAUAUCAGGCGUGCACAGUACAGGGCGGCUGCCUUGGUGACGGCGCGUUCGUCUGCCAAAACGCAAUCUGCACAGCUGCAGGAGGCUACCUCCAACCUUGCCGACCGGACAGCACGUGCACCUCUGGUCAAGAUCUCUACUGCGCUGCCUCCGAUGGCUUGUGCCACCGUACGACUAGCUGUGAUCCCCAAUGUGAUCCCAACACUCAAGGCUGCUUGUCCUACGUGGUCAACCGCCCGGGCAUGUCCUACGGUGCCUAUCAGUGCGUCGACACAACGGGAUCGGCUGGUGAGACCUGUCUGGCCGACGGAACCUGCAAGGACGACAGUCUCUCCUGCGAGUCCAGCAGCAACACUUGCAAGAGCAAGGUGGCAUCGUCAACUUCCACGGCUCCUGGUGCGGCCCCCACCACAUGUACACCAGCGUGCGAUUCCACGAAGCAAGUGUGCUCAACUUUCACAACCAACAGCGGCACCACCUACGCCUGCCAGGCCGCAGGUGCUCGUGGUCAGCCCUGCCUUGGCGAUGGGACUUGCUCGACUGAUCGUCUUCAGUGCAACGCCGAGAAUACAUGCGAAGCCAAGCCACAGACGACGUGUGAACCUGCUUGCUCUGCGGCGCAAGUGUGCCAGCAGCAGAACUUCAACACCUUCACAUGUAUUGCCGCUGGUGCUCUAGGUCAGCUACCUUAUGUGAAUGGAACGUGCAACGCUGGUCUGCUCACGAAUUCGACUACAGGAUUCUGCGACUUGCUGCCGGCAGGCGCAGUCUGCACUGCCGAUGCACAAUGCUCUGACAAGGCCCUCCGGUGCCUUUUGACUGGCGAUGGCAGUGGCACAAAGACUUGCUCGGCAGCAGGUCUCUCCGGUCUUGCCUGCUCUCGUACCGGCAAGUGCGACAGCUCCAGCUACUGCUACAAUGUGACUGACACGUGCAACGCCUUUGGCAAAGUUGGCGAUGCCUGCCCUGGAGGAGUCGACAGCCAGUGUGUGGGACCUCUCCAAUGUCGCAGCAAGGUCUGCAGCGUCGUUGGCGCGCUUAGAACCCCUUGCUUCUCCAACAGUACAUGCAGCGGGACUGACCUCACAUGCGACAUGACCUCUUCUACGUGCCUCUACAGCAGCGCCGCUGGAGUCGGCGCGACGUGCAUUCAGCAGGCAGACUGUGCCUCUAGCCUGAGGUGCACAUUGGCAACACAUGGAACAUCGACGUGCCUGACCGCCGGAACCAACGGGAACCCCUGCCUCACUACAGGAGGCUGUUCGGACAAUUCGACCUGUGUCUCUGACGUUUGCCGGGCUUGGGGAGGUAUCAACGCUACCUGCUCUGACAUUGCCCCUUGCGUCGACGGCACUGCCUGUCUCAAUGUCACAGUACCCCUAGACACAGCCUCCACUCAAUCGACGUCCUCUCGUCGCCGCGAUCUAUCUCCUCUGAUGAAUCUGGGCACUCGACCUCUGGCACCCUGGCACCCGGUCUGGAUGCUUCCACGAGAUGACAUAGAGACGACUCCCGCCCAGAACACCACAACUGUGCAACAGUGUGUGCGCCUAGGCUACGUCAAUGACACUUGCUUCAGCAACUCCACAUGCCGAGCGACAGGCGGAGCCGUAUGCAACACGACUUCAAUGACCUGCGGUGUCUAUCAUCCCAAGGUCAAUGAGAGCUGCACACAGGAAGGCGUGCUGUCUCCGACUGGCAAUGUCACGUGUGAUUCGGGCCUUCGCUGCACUACAAGUACGAACAUCGUCAAAAUCUCAGGCAAAUACGGCUUCCAGAAUGUAUCCACAUGUCAACCUGCUGGAGGUUUGAGCCAGAGGUGCCUGCUCAACCAAACGGACUCUACAUUGCAGUACUGCAACGCUGGCAUGACCUGUUCCUCGAAUACAACCGCCGGUAGAUGUCUCAAGAACCUCGGAGAGUCUUGCGCCGUGGCCAACAUCACCCAGUGUAUUUCUGGAACCGUCUGCUCUGCCAGCAGCAAGACCUGUAUCUCGGUUGGUGGUCUCGACGAGGGAUGUAUCAGCGAUGCCGUCUGCAAUGCUGGUCUGAGGUGCAUCAACUCUACGGGCACUCCAACUUGCAAGACGAGGAACAAUGCCACGUGCGAAGACUUUAGCACCUACAAUCUGACCAGGAUCUGUCCGGAAUGCGACACACUGUGCUCGUUAUCGGUAGACAGCGAGACGGUCUUGUGUAGCUUCCCAGCUGGAACUCCCUACAAAUUCAUGGUUCCCAGAGGUAUUGAUAAUGUCACUGUCAUUGCUCGAUCCGGUGCGGGCGGUAACGGCACCAUCUAUGCUGCCAACUUCACGGGGAUCAACACCACGAUGAGCUCGAAUAGCUCGACGACGGACGAUCCGACCUCUACUAGUAAUUCGACAGCAACGCCCGCAUAUGUCAUUCUCAACGGGACUGCCUAUCUGAACAAUACGAACACGACGGUUCCACUGUACAAGAAUGGUACAACAUUCGGCGGUGUAGGUGCUUCUCUCACGACGUGGAUGAUGCUGGUGGCCAACCGCACCUACUCGAUUACCGCUGGCGGCAUUGGCAAUCAGUACCAAGGCGGGUACAACGGAGGCGGCAUGGGCUACUACGACAAUGCUACCAACUCGUCAUCGGGUGGUGGAGGUGGUCGGACAGAGUUGAUAGAUACCUUCAAUGGCACACGUCUCGUCUGUCUGGGAGGAGGAGGUGGUGGUGGCUACCUCUGGGGCGGUGGUGCAGCCAUGACCAAGGGCAACGGCACGGAAGGCUUCGGUCUUCCUGGCGCCUCCAAUUCUACUUUGGGAAUGGACUCGGCUGCGAUUGGUCUUGGCGCUGGAGGAGGCGGGUGCAAUGGUGGUACUGCAGCUUUCAAAAAGGAUAGCGGCGCAGGUGGUGGUGGUGGUAAUUCGAAUCCUACAGCGGGCGUGGUGGUGGCAGAUUAUACCCACUAUGGCAACGUGACGCUGAAGCUGUCUCCUUCGUCUGGAUUCGUGGGACUUAGCUUCGCUUGCCCAGUCUCUACAUAUUGAGGACAACAGGGCAGCAGCAGCAUGAUGGGCCCCUCUCUAUUCUCUUCUUACGUCACGCGCACUCUCAUUGUUCCAUUAUGUUCAUCUUUCGUCUUCGAUUACCCCCUUUUCUUCUGGGCUAUUGCUUCUUCUAUUUGCGCCGGCUGAGCGCUUCUCAAUGUCACCCAUG